AUGGCCCAACGUAACCCUGGGCUUAAAAAUUUUAAGAAUGGAAACCAUUUGGAGCAUGGAAAGAGAGCCGAUUGCAAUACUCACUGUACUCCGACGGAUUCUCUCACAUGUCUGUGUCAUCAGGAAUUAAGGACUAGCAAGCUGAGAGAGAAAGCACACGAUUCAAUUAAACCUAACCCUAAAUUAAAAUCUACUUCUGCAGAGAACUUACCUCCGGAUCAAGCAACAACAAGUACUACAGCCGCCACUGAUCAAUACAAUGUGGAAGCUGCUGAAAUUUUAGCUAGUAGCGCACAGCAUCUGCCAAUUGCACAAGCUGCACCAAUAUAUGAGCAACUGGUUUCACUGUUUCCCACUGCUGCAAAAUUCUGGAAGCAAUAUGCAGAGGCACAUAUGGCUGUGAAUAAUGAUGAUGCUAUAAAACAGAUAUUCAGCCGGCGAUGCUAUAUUCGAUUCAUCAGGAAGGUCAACGAGAAGAAAGGUGCAGAGGGCCAGGAAGAAACAAGAAAAGCUUUUGAAUUUAUGCUUGGUUGUGUUGGUGUGUUAUCUCCCUGGGCAGACAUAGCAUCGGGGCCUGCCCAUAAUGCACAGGAAGAGUCCAUACGGAUGACUGCUAUACGCAAAACAUACCAGAAAGCUAUCGUUACUCCUACCCACCAUGUUGAACAACUCUGGAGAGACUAUGAAAAUUUUGAAAAUUCUGUCAGCCGGCACUUGGCCAAAGGACUCUUAUCUGAAUAUCAACCAAAAUAUAACAGUGCCAGGGCUGUCUAUAGAGAGCAGAAGAAAUAUGUUGAUGAAAUUGAUUGGAAUAUGUUAGCUGUACCACCAACUGGAUCUUACAAGUGUCUGAUGUAUUUGUAUCAUUAUCCGGAUGCAUGGUAUGACUAUGCUACUUGGCAUGCAAAAAGCGGCUCUAUUGAUGCCGCUAUCAAAGUGUUUCAGCGGGCUCUGAAAGCUCUUCCAGAUUCAGAAAUGCUGAAGUAUGCUUACGCUGAGUUGGAGGAAUCUCGUGGAGCUAUCCAGCCUGCAAAGAAAAUCUAUGAAAGCCUUCUGGGAGACGGUGUUAACACAACGGCACUAGCACAUAUACAAUUCAUUCGCUUUCUAAGAAGGAAUGAAGGAGUAGAAGCAGCUCGCAAGUACUUCUUAGAUGUCCGGAAAUCCACAAAUUGCACUUAUCAUGUUUAUGUUGCUUAUGCUUUGAUGGCGUUUUGUCUUGACAAGGAUCCGAAGAUUGCACACAAUAUUUUUGAAGCAGGAUUGAAACACUUUAUGCAUGAGCCUGUAUACAUUCUGGAAUAUGCAGAUUUUUUGUCCCGUUUGAAUGAUGACAGAAACAUUCGAGCUUUAUUUGAGCGGGCCUUAAGCUCACUACCACCAGAGGAAUCUGUUGAGGUCUGGAAACGAUAUACCCAGUUUGAGCAAACAUAUGGUGAUCUUGCCAGCAUGUUGAAGCCAUUCUGUCCUAAUGUGGUUAUUGGAGAGGAGAAAAUUAUUCAUCAAGAAGAUUUGGAGGGAGUUGACAUAACGUGGGAACAGGGAUUGUCAGAGUGCACAUUUCCAACAAACUACAUGGGAAUGAGAGUUGAGCAAAGAAGAAAAGAAGCCCUUUCGAGGACAGUUGAAGAUGGAGCAUCAGCAUUUGAGUGUUCAUUGCAAGAUGUAGUGUCACGUUAUAAUUUCAUGGAUCUGUGGCCAUGCUCUUCUAAGGAUUUGGAUCACUUAGCUCGGCAAGAGGAUAUACUGCCUUCUGAGAUACAAUUCUCUAUUUUUGUUGCCGGUUCUGAAACUUCUCUUCUUCAGUGGCUAGCUAAAAAUAUUAGUAAGAAAGUGGAGAAGGCUGCUGUGUCUUAUGGACCUGGGACUGUAGACAAGGGUCCUGCAGGUCUGACAAGCAAUUCAAAUGCAUCUGGUAAAGUAAUUUAUCCAGAUACCUCUCAAACAGUAAUUUAUGACUCGAGGCAAAACCUAGACGCUGGAAUUCCACCCAGCACAACAGCGUCUGGGUUCAAGGCUGCUUCUAACACGUUGUCGAAUUCUAUUGGAUUGGCAACCGAUGGAUUUGAUGAGAUACUGAAAGCAACACCACCUGCAUUGAUAUCAUUUUUAGCAAACUUGCCUAUAGUUGAAGGUCCAACACCAAAUGUGGAUAUUGUAUUAUCAAUUUGUUUGCAGAGUGACGUACCCAUUGGGCAAACAGGAAAGUCGCGGACCGCCCUAAGUCCAAUGCCUUCUGGUGCGGCUCCUGCAACAAGUGAUCUUUCUGGUUCAAGCAAAUCCCGUCCUGUCCCAAGCGGUUCAUCUUUCAAAACACGGGAUAGACAAUCUGGGAAAAGAAAGGAACGAGCCAGGCAAGAGGAAGAUGAAACUGUUACUGUCCAAAGCCAACCAUUACCUAGAGAUGUUUUCAGAAUACGGCAGAUUCAAAAAUCCAGAGCUGGUACCACUUCACAGACAGGGUCAGCAUCAUACGGAAGUGCCCUUUCAGGAGAUCUAUCUGGUUACUCCGGUAGCACCGGCUGA